UAGGAGCUUCUCCAUUCUGUGAGCUCUCCCGGAACGUCCAAGGCAAGACUGGCACCCAGCGCACGCGGCAGGUGAGGGGCUGUCAGUGACAGAAGGGUACAGGCUUUAGGGGUGAUGGUGGUAGAAGAGUCCCAGCUCUGUCAGCCUGAGCCUUCCAUGUUGUGAGACUCUCCCUUGCCAGAAUUCUUGGGUCCCCAGCAGAGGCCCAGCUCAGCCUGCCCCGGGGCAGCCUCAGAAAGGAAGACAUGGUUUGGGAUAGUAGAGAAGCAGGGUGGAGGCAUGGGGGUGAUAUGGGUGUGUGACAGAUUACUGAGAGAUGUGAGGACACCGUAGGAGACAUGGAGGUAGACAUAAGGGCCGGGGAAGAGCUUGGCUAGAGGAUCGCAGGGCAGGACCCAGGCAAGAGAAAAAGAGAGGCUGAAGCAGGAGGGAGAGGACAGUGGACCAGAUGUGAGAAAACCAUGGGUGCAAUGAAGAGCUGGGUAACAGGAAGGCCAAGAAGGAAGGAAGGCUCACAUGGAGCAAUCUCCUCUUCCGGCUGUGGAGCCCAGUCCAGAAAACCUCACGCAAGCCCAGGAGCAAAAAGCAAGGCUCCAGGAACUAUGGAGUCCUUCAGCUCAAAGAGUCUGGCACUACAGGCGGAGAAGAAGCUGCUGAGUAAGAUGGCCGGUCGCUCUGUGGCGCAUCUGUUCAUGGACGAGACAAGCAGUGAGGUGCUGGAUGAGCUCUACCGCGUUUCCAAAGAGUACACGCACAGCCGGCCACAGGCACAGCGGGUGCUCAAGGACCUCAUCAAGGUGGCGGUCAAGGUGGCUGUGUUGCACCGCAGCGGCUGCUUCAGCCCCGGCGAGCUGGACCUGGCCGCCAGCUUCCGCCAAAAGCUGCGCCAGGGCGCCAUGACGGCGCUCAGCUUUGGGGAAGUGGACUUCACCUUCGAGGCAGCAGUACUGGCCGGCCUUCUGACUGAGUGCCGGGAUCUGCUGCUGGAGCUAGUGGCGCACCACCUCACGCCCAAGUCCCAUGGCCGCAUCCGCCACGUGUUCGACCACUUCUCCGACACCGGCCUGCUCACGGCCCUCUAUGGGCCAGACUUCACUCAGCACCGGACCAAGAUCUGCGAUGGGCUCAGGAAGCUGCUGGAUGAGGGCAAGCUCUGAGGGCCCAGGCCCCAGGGCCGUCCACCCGAGCUGUGUGGCCAACUGAGAAAGUGACACCGAAAGGGCUCUCUUGACCUGCUUGGUGCACUGAUGCUUUUCAAGCCUCAGGCUUGUCUUUCCCCAGAGUGCUUUUGCCUCUGAGACAACCCCACCCCCAAACUGCUGGUGGGGAAGCUGCAAAGCUGAGUGUUCACGCCUCUCUCCCACUCCAGCCCCGGGACAGGAAGCAAAGCUGCCUGAAAAAGAUGAAGUGAAACUUGGAUCUCUAUCUCCCCCCCAACCAAUGGACAUUUGAAACAGGGAAGCCCUGCUCCCUGGUGAACCAGGGGAAGAGGGCAUAGCUCAUCUAACCCUUCAGGGGACACUAAAGACAGAAGGGGGAAUGGGAUCCCAGACCUCCAGCUCCAGGCAGAGCCUGGACAGAUACCAGAGGCUCUGUUCCAGAGCGCAGGAAGAAGGGGUUAGGGCAGGGGAGAGUCUCACAGGGGAAAUAAAACUACUAAAACAUG